UACAGGCCAGGGGCGGGCCCCGCGCUCUCCCCGCCCCCCGACGGGCGCCCGGCCCUCCGCCGCCGCCAUGGAGGAGCAGAAGGAGAACCGCCCGCAGGCAGCCCCGAAUGAGGCAUCGGCGCCGCCCGCCGCGGCCGCCCGCCCGCCGGGUAGGCAGCAUUGUAGGAUCAGUGACCAAGAAACUAAUGGGAAAAAGUCAACUGCCAGUCCAAACGACUUCAGUGAUCCGGUCUAUAAAGAAAUUGCCAUGACCAAUGGUUAUAUCAACAGAAUGACCAGAGAGGAGCUGAGAAGUAAACUUGCAGAGUUCAAGCUUGAAACCAGAGGAGUAAAAGAUGUGCUGAAAAAGAGACUGAAAAACUAUUACAAGAAACAGAAGCUGAUGCAGAAGGAGCCCCUUAGAGACAGCUGCUAUGACUACAUCUGUGUUGUUGACUUUGAAGCAACAUGUGAAGAAGGAAACCCACCUGAAUUCGUACAUGAAAUAAUUGAGUUUCCUAUUGUCUUACUAAACACGCAUACCUUGGAAAUAGAGGACACCUUUCAGCAAUACGUGAAGCCAGAGAUUAAUCCCAAGCUUUCAGACUUCUGCAUCAGCCUGACAGGAAUCACCCAGGACAUUGUUGAUAAAGCUGAGACAUUUACUCAAGUUCUGCAGAAUGUCAUAGAGUGGAUGAGACAGCGAGAGCUGGGAACAAAAUACAGCUAUUCCAUGUUGACAGAUGGAUCUUGGGAUAUGAGUAAAUUUCUGAACACCCAGUGCCGUAUUAGCCGUAUCAAAUACCCUUCUUUUGCCAAAAGAUGGAUCAAUAUUCGCAAAUCAUAUGGGAACUUCUAUAAGGUUCCUAGGAACCAGACCAAGCUAACAAUGAUGCUUGAAAAUCUGGGUAUGAAUUAUGAUGGGAGACCUCACAGUGGACUUGAUGACUCUAAAAACAUUGCAAGGAUAGCUAUAAGGAUGCUACAGGAUGGCUGUGAACUGCGGGUGAAUGAGAAAAUGCAUGCUGGACAACUUAUGACAGUCUCCUCCUUGGCCCCCUUAGAGGGAGCCCCUGCUCCACAGAUGCCCCGCUACAGAAACUAGCAGUACAGGGAUCUGCCUUAGGAACUGCUCCCAGAUACCCACGAAGGACUGUUACAAACCGUAUUGAACAGACACCUCUGCCAACCUGUCUGCAGUGCAGAAUCCAGAAGCACCUUAACUGAUCGCCUCUAUUGAAAUAGAGUGUGGAAGCUCUUU